GUGAGGAAAACCAAAACAAUCCCUUUGCCUUUUGGAGUCGACGACACCUUAAACUUUGGUGAACUCCAAUGGCAGCUCAGCAUAGUCUCGAGCAACAUUUAGUGAAUAGAGUCAUCAAAAGACUUCUGCAGACUCAAAAUGGCGAAGAUACACUAGCGUCUUUAAAUAAGCAACUUGCUCAAGAAUGCAGAUUAACAGACGGAGACCUAUUGAGAAUUCUAGAGAGGUUUGGUGGUACUUUUGAGAUUUCUUAUGGUCCGAUCAAUUACACUGUUAAACUCCGACCACGCUUGAUUUUGUGUCCAGCCCACAGCCGCCAGAGUGGUUCAUGUCCACCCGGGUCUUGUAAUGGCCUGCAUAUUUGUAAGUUCUUCUUAUUAUCAGGGUGUUGUGUCCAUGGGCAAAGAUGUCUUUUUGGCCAUGAUUUGUCUUCAUGGCAUAAUACACCAAUACUCAAGAGUUACAUGCUGGAUCACCUGAAUAUUACAGAGCUUCGAAUUGUACUAACAAUACCUGAGAAUCGCUGCCAGGUGACAAAACCUGAAAUAUGCCAUUAUUACAACAAAAAGUCUGGCUGCAAAAAAAAAAACAGCUGUCGUUCACUGCACAUUUGCCGUCCAUAUGUUUUGAGCAAAUGCAAGUUUGGUAAAAACUGCAGACGGGAACAUGACAUUUUCAAUGAGCAGGUACAAAAUGUGCUGAAGCUUUAUGGUGUUAGCACUUCUCGCCCACCAAGAUACAUCCUUGAUGAGCUGAGCCAGUAUGAGGAGGAUAGCAAUUACAGUAGUGGCACUGAGGGGAGCUAUGCCGAUGGUAGUGACGUGGACAGUGUUGAAGAAAUUGAUUAUAGCUAUGUACCCGACAGAAGUAGGAACUCAAGACUUCAGAAAUGUCGAUCCACACCAAACCUUGCCAAUCGUCAGACCAUGGCACUAGCUAAAGAGCCAAGGCAUCGGUUUCCAUCCACCAGUCGGAGAGGUCAUCGGAAAUCAGCUAGCCAGAGCAGUGAUGAUAGCAUCCCUCCAGUUAGGAAUUCAGAAAUCUGCUUGUAUCAUUUACAGGCUGCUUGCACUUAUGGCCAACACUGUUACAAGAUUCAUGCUGAUGGGAACUUUCUCUGGCAGUUUAUACAUUUUUGUGACAUGGAUGACCAGGAGGGCUGGCAGACCUUUGAUGAUAACAGCAACAAACACUGGAAAAAUUGUUUUCUCAGCCAGAUUAAGCCCAGAUUCACGAAGGUUGGUAUGAUUGAAGUAAACUUCAGAAAAAUGAUAAUGACUAACACAAGAACAGGUGAACAAUGCAAACUCAGACGUAGACCAAUGUACUUGCCAAGCAGCAAUGGACAAAGAGUUCGUCAGAGUCUGCCUCUAGGGGCCAUAGGUAUGACUGUUCAUCCUCUUCAAGCUUGGGCACAAGGCACUCCACUCUCUAUGAAGACAUCACCAACUUUUCAGCAGCAGUCACUGUUAAUGGAAAGCAGCAGUAAUUCAUUACAAGGAAUGCAUCAAAGUCAGCCUUAUGAUAUGAUUCAGUUGAGACAUAAUGAGGAGGAGUUUCAAAUGAUAGAAAAGCUUUUCCGACAAAAAAUUGGCAGAUCAUGCAUAAUUCUUCAUAUCUUCAAGAUUAGGAAUGAAGCAAGACAAAGCCAUUUUCUGGAGAAAAGAAGAGCAAUGUCAAUGAUGGCAGGAGGUAAAAGGAUAUUUGAAAAACAAAACUUAUUCUAUGGAGCCUCAGCCAUUGGAAAACUCAAGAAGAGAUGUCAGAAAGGAGUGAAAUGCUCUCCUCCAGAGGGUUCCUUGGUCUUUGGCAAUGGAUGUCACUUAUUUGACUCAGCAGGAAAGGCUGACAAGUGCAGUGGUCAGGAUGGUCAACAACGCCACUUGUUAAUUGUAGAUUGUCUUGUUGGUGAUUUUGGGCAAGGGUUUUCCGGCCUGCAGUCACCUCCUUGUAAACCUGAUGGAAGCUGGUAUAAUUCAUGUGUUGAUGAUGUAUACAAUCCAAAAAUCUUUGUUAUUUUUGAAAAAUCUCAAGUUGUUAUUCGAUACUGGAUUACCUAUAUGUUCGCAUAAAAUGAAAGUAAAUGGAUAGCCAGGCCAAAAUAAAGAAAAAGGAAAUACCAAACAAUUUAGAGGCAAAAUGAAGAACCCUGGCCCAAUUUAGAAAAAAAAAUGAAUAAGGUUUGAAAAAUAAGGCAGUUUGUCAAAGUAACUAAAAAAAUACAAACUUCAAAAUAUAAUUAAUAAAGCACAAGCAAAAGACGUUUAGAUUGCAAAAGAAAGUGUUCUCAUUUUGGUGUAAGAUUUUAUGAUUUAAAAAGGUGUUUGCUUUAAUAAUGCCAUGUCUAUAAUCAUGGCACAGAGUAAAGUGUGGUUCCAUGAAUGUGAGUGGUUUUUAUGAAAAAAAAAAAUCUUAUGGUCAUUUGACUGCAUUUUUCUGGCUGCUGUUAUCACAACAAAUCUGUUUUUUCUUUUCAGCAUUCUAGUUACAUGUAUUCAUCAUAGGUUGGGCACCUUAUUUGUGUAGCUCAAGUGAUGUGCUGCUCAUUGUUAAUUUGAUUUUGGUAGAAAAGAAACCUCAUAGAUUCAUUAAUCUAAAUGUUUCAACUGAAUUGAUGUGCAGCAGCCAUAUGACCAUUAUCUUCUUCUAUUUCAUUAAUCUCAGCAUCAGUAUUAAUAUUACUAUUACUAUUAAUAUUACUUUUUAAGAAGUAUUUCGUGCUGUCUCAACACAAACUUGUAUUGCUGGAGUGCUGGCAGUAGUUUUUUUUUUUUUUUUUUUUUCAGUUAACUGCUAAAACGAGGCAUGAGACUACAAAGCUUCCGGUUUAGUCCCAUUCUUUGUUUAGGCUCGCAGAGACUAACAGCGGAGAACUUCGCAAGAGGCCAAGCGUUGGUCUUGGCAGACAAACAGCAACCUGUACACGUCCCUGGUCUCAUAGCCAUUUGUAUCUCAUUCUAAUGACUCGGUUGUCGUUUAGCUGGGCACUUAACUGUUGUAGCGUGUAACCUCUGGGCAAACUUGGUCUGUAACUUACAUGUAGCACUCUAUAGUAGUGUGCUAAGUUAUUUCUGUGUUUUUGUAGAAGACAGGCGCCGAACAUCUCCCUUCCUCACGCCUGCUGCAUACGUAAUAGCCGGCCUUGAACUGUCCACCUGUGGCUACCGGCUACUGGGCCUAGUGAUACACCCCAAGUUACGAAAUCGUCUGACCCGGUUUACUCGGGUGUCUUCCCACUUCCUUCCCCCCAUAGUGCAAAAUCGCCGCAAGAUUGAAGCACUUUCGUACUUAAUGAAUCAUCCAAACAACCAACUUGAAGGAGGAUAAGAUCUGGAGUUUGCGGCAAUUUCGAUCUUUGUGUUAUUGCGCGUGGCCAUAGAGGGACUGACGUGUCGGUUAUAUAUACAGCAUGUAAGUAUGGCCCUCCGAUCUAUUUAGUUAUUUUUAUUUUGAUAAAGUAUGUAUAGAUAUUGAUACAAGUUCUAGGAUGAGGAACUUUUUUUUUUAAAACUACAGUUUUGAACUUUUUAAGAAGCGACCUUACUUUUUGAAGUUCUGAGAACUAUUUGUUUUUUAAUGCCAGCAUUUAAUGAAACUGGCACAUGGUCUAGCAUUUCGUUAUUUUAAAUUUUAGAGUACUGCAUUAAACAAAUCUGAUGUCUUUUUAGAUGCCACUAAAGCAUCCUUUGCAAAUUUAAUCCAGCAAAUACUGGGAUAUUCUGUUAUUCUUAAACAUUUUUUUUAUAUACAAUUUAUAUACUAUGCAAAUAUCCGAAACAGUUGAUAUAUUAGCUGUAUGCAUGCACACACACACUAUAUAUAUAUAGUAUUACUACUGAGAAAAUUCUAAUUUUUUUGAAAAUCAACUAGUGAUUUUUUUUAAUGUGUGAACAAAUUUUUGUUCAUUUUGCUCACCUAGAGAUGGUAGUUUGCUAGAGAUUUUUAUUGUGUGCUUCACUUUUUCUUAUCUUUGACACAUCAUAGUUAGUUGUUAGCUGCCUUUACAAUGAAACUGAAAAACUAAACUGGACAGAGACAAUUUGAAAGUUUUAUUGUUUGAUAACUGAGGAGGAGAGAACUUGUGAAAAACCAGUUGCAAUAUAAGAAGAGCAUAUAUUGUUUACAUGUUAAUUAUCAAUAAUAAUGAUGAUGAUGGAAUUUAUAUCGGUCAUUUCCUCACACGGAGGCGAGCUCAGUGUGCUUUACAAGACACAGGGACCAAAACUGCAAUUCAUAUAAAACUAUAAAUUGAUAUGCACUCAAUAUAACUUAUGUUUUGUUUCUUUAUAUGAAAUUUUUUGAAAAUAGCAUAUAGGAAGAUGGAUAUUAGGAAUGUGUAGAUCAUAUGACAUCUCUGAUCAUUUAUUGCCUGUGAACUAAAUAGAGGAGCAACCGUUUUAUAGUUUCCUUUCUAAAAUGUACUAAUAAAGUACAAAAGCAAUUAAGACCAAGUCUAAAAGCAAAAUAGUGCAUAAUAUGUAUACAGAUUAACAGAAAAAGUGACGUGUUUUUCUUUUUUAUUAUGCUGUCUUAUUUUAUUGGUAUGAUAUUCAAUCAGCUUUUUCUACUGGGAAUUUUGCAGAUGGCAUACAUUUACAUUUAUAAUGGUUUUCUAUAUUAUUUCCCUUGUAAUAAGUUGUAAUUGGACCCCAGUCUGAGGAAAGUUACAUGUGUGGUGGGGACAAGAUGUAAACAGAUAACCUGUGAUCUGUACUGCUUUUGGUAAUGUUUGUCGUUACAGAAGGAAAAAACGGUUACACCGAUAUUGUAGAUGACAGUGUUUUAUGCCAUCAGCAACUGAGGCAAUAAUCAUGGCAUGGCAACCGGCUCUGUAAACUAGGCGCCACAUUUAUAAAGAAAACAAUAUCUGAUAUUGAAUACAAGAACACUUAUCUCUACAUUAAUGUAGUCAUGUCAAUGUCUAGACUUUGUAUACUGUCUGUAUACAGAUAUUUUGGGGUCAGUACAGUUGUGGAAUGUGCAUCCAUACAUUUACCUUGAAAUAAAUGAAUUUUUAUAAGA